AUGGCCAAUGGAAUGAAAAAACCAUUUUCAACUGUAUUAACACGUCAGAUACCUCAUAUACGUCUUCAUGAUGAUGGAAAUAUAGAAACACGAUAUGAAAUUUUAAAUAAAUUAGGUGAAGGUUCAUUUGGAACUGUAUCUCGUGUUAAAAAUAAAGAAAAUGAUUUAUUUUAUGCCUUGAAAACAAUUACAAAAAAACCUGGCAAUAAAUCUAAAGCAUCAAUUCUUGAUAAUGAAGUAAAAUUAUUAACAGAAGUUAAUCAUGCCAAUCUUAUUCAACUUCAUGAAGUAUUAGAAUCAUCUCAAAAACUUUAUUUAGUUGUUGAAUUAUGUGAAGGUGGUGAAUUAGGUGGAUGUGUUAAAAAGAUUGGUCCAUUACCUGAAGAAACAGUUAAACAAAUAAUGUCAAAAUUAAUAAGUGCAUUACAUUAUCUUCAUAAAAUGAAUAUUGUACAUCGUGAUCUUAAAUUAGAAAAUAUUUUAUUAAAAAAUUCUCCAAUAAAUAAAACUGAUGAAUUUGAUAUUCGAGUUACUGAUUUUGGAUUAAGUUCAAAACAAAGUAUUACUUCUACAGAUUCACUUUUUUAUGAUUAUUGUGGUACGCCACUUUAUAUGGCACCAGAAAUAUUGGAAAAUAAAAAUUAUAGUGCACUUUGUGAUGUAUGGGCUAUGGGAGUUAUUAUGUAUUAUUUAAUUUGUGGUCGUCAUCCUUAUGUUUCUAAUGAUGAAAGACGUUUACUUGAAAUAAUUCGUUCACAAAAACUUCGAUUUGAUUCGGAAAAAUUUCGAAAUAUUUCAUCUGAAGGUCUUGACUUUUUACAAGGAAUGCUUGUUUAUGAUACAGUUCAUCGUCGAACAAUGGGUGAAUUAAUUGUACAUCCGUGGUUGACGGGUCGAUCUGAUAGAGAACCAGCUAAAGAUAUAAUAACAAUGAUGAGAGAAUUUCAAGCUGAAAAUGAUCAACGUCAAAUAUUAGUUGAAAAUAAUUUAACAAGAUUAAUAAAUGCAACUGCAAAUCAUGUAAAUUUAUCAACAUCAUCAUCAUCAUCAUCAACAACAACAACUCCAAAUAAACAACAAGAAUCAAUUAAUAAUGAUUCAAAUCAAUCAAAAACAAAUAUAAAUACAUCAGAUUUACGUACUAUUGUUGAUAAAAAUAAAUUACAUAAUAAUACAAUAACACAUCGAUUAACAUCUAAUUCUCUUAAAAUAUUUCGAGGUACAACACAGAAUAUAAAUGGUAAUCUACUAAAAACUCCUAUGCGCAGUAAACAAUGUGAUUCGAUAACAGAUUUAACUGAUUCAAGUCAAAGUCGUUUAACAUUUAAUUCUCCAUCAUUUGUAUCUUCUUCAACAAUUUCAUCAAAAUUACGAGCUAAUAAUGUUCGACUUGGUCGUUCUCAAUCUCAUGCUGAUAUUGUCUUAUCUUCAAAAUAUUCAUCACCACCACGUCAACAACAAUAUCAACGAACUGUUUUAAACGGUUCAAAUCCUAUUGGUGCUUUACCUUCUUCAAACAUCUUUAAUUCAUCUUCCAAUGGUAAUACCAUAUCAACUAUUCCAAAAGGUCCACCAUCUUCGACAACUACUGCUCUAAUGAUGAUUAAUAAACAUUAUUCAAAUAAUUCAUCAUCAUCAUCUUUUCCAACAAUGUCUAAUCAUCAUCAACAACAUUAUAAUACCAAAAAAAAUAAUUUUCUAUCAACUAUCAUGAUGAAAUUGAACGCUCUUAUUGUUUCUAUGAUUGCACUUCUCUUCUUCGGAAUGAUCGUAGAAAAGACAGCUGCUGGUGAUUGUGAUGGUAGUCGAUGUGGUUGUUACAAAGGCUAUUGUUGGGCUUACGUUUAUGAAGGACGUGUUCGAGUAGGUGACUGGUGGUGUUACACUCAAAGAGGAGGUGUAAUGGGAAAACGAUCAGUAUGGCAAGAAUGUUGUUCUGAUAGCGACUGCUUUUGGCAUCGAACCUGUGGCAAUCAUGUUCAAUACAAAGGCGAAGAAGAAGAAUAUCGUACUGUCUGCUGA